CGCGCGCUGAACAUGAAAAAAAAAAUACUUCUCGCGAGCGGCGUCGUCACCACGUGACCGAGGGGGCGUAUUUAAGCUGCUGGCGCGAGACACAGAAAGAAAAAGCCAUUUGAACAGCGAGUGUUUUUAACAGUCGAGGUCCCCUGGAACAAAAUGAGUGCCAGUGCAAAGCUGAAGCAGACCCGCCAGAUGUCUAAUGAGAAUAUUAAGAGUUUUUUUACAUCAUCUCAAAAGCCAAUGGGGCCCCCCAGGCAAACCCUACAGGUCCUCAAUGUCUCAUCUGUCAAUAAAAAUCUUGGGCGGUCAUCUCAGGAAGGGAAGGUCAUUCCUAAGCGAAAACAGUGGCAGCUGAGUGCAGAACAAACUAGAGGUCCAAAGAGGGUUAAAGUUGAAGUAAAAUCCACACAAACUGAAGACACUCCUUGUAUGACUGAUGGCAUGUCCAUUGAAGCUUAUGAACUUAUGGUUAGAGAAACUCCACCAUCCUCCUACUGGAAAGAGGUUGCUGAGGAGCGACGAAAGGCCUUGUACAAUGUUUUACAGGAGAACGAGAAGUUACACAAAGACAUCGAGGCCAAAGAUGAUCAGAUAUCAAAGCUUAAGAGUGAGAACGAAGAGCUGCAAGAGCUGGCGCAACAUGUACAAUACAUGGCAGAUAUGGUUGAGCGCCUAACUGGAAAAAGUCCAGACAAUUUAGAAGAAUUGAGGGACAUUGCCCUUGAUGUGGAGGAGGAGGAUGAUCAAGAGGACGACUGUCAGUUGUCUGGGCCAAAUGAGGAAGAUUCUGACGACUACCAGAGCGAUCCAGAGGAAGAGACUUCAGACCACGAACAGUUGGGACCUUCUGGAGAGUCAGACUAAACUAUAACUUGCAUGUCCUGGGUUUGUAUGCAUUACUAUACAGGUCAGCAGAACUUAAGCAGUAGUGUCAUCCUUCAAGAUUACUUGAAGUUUUUGUAUUUAAACAUUUUAAACCUUGAGUGAAGUGCAAGCAAUUCUAUUUUUAUUUAAUUUCAGAUGUUCUGGAACAAGCCAUUAAGUUUUAUGGAAGGCAGUAAUGUACUAGUGUGAAUGUCAGUUGCCAUAAAAUGUAGGAUGCUCAUUUCACCUAGGACAAUGAAUCUUUGUGGCAGCAGCAGGUUUUGCAUUUUUUUUUUU